AUCUCUUUGGUUCAGAAAGAACUCUCUUCCGUCGAUAAGCCAAGCUUCAGUCACAACCAUGCCUGCAAUUCCAUUUUCAAGCUCCUUCUUCGUUUUACAACCUCGCUUCAAUUACCACAUUACCCCUAUCUUCCGUUCCCUUUCAUUCCAACUCUCUUCAUCUCCGUUCCCUUUCAAUGCCAACUCCUCCAGCGUCAGACUCCACUGUGCUCUCUCCCAAGCCGCCGAGACAGAAUCUCCGAGCGGCGGUCGGUCAGGUGCUUUAUCUCCCCGUCCUCCGGUCACCGGAGAAGUUAAGAAAAUCGACGUGAAUCCUCCCAAGGGUACGCGUGAUUUCCCGCCUGAAGACAUGCGGUUGCGCAACUGGCUAUUUAAUAAUUUCAAAGAGGUUUCAAGGCUGUAUGGAUUUGAGGAGAUUGAUUUUCCGGUUCUUGAGUCGGAGGCAUUGUUCACUAGGAAAGCUGGGGAGGAGAUUAAGGACCAGCUUUACUGUUUUGAAGACCGGGGUAAUCGCCGUGUUGCAUUGAGGCCUGAACUUACUCCUUCUUUGGCAAGGCUGGUGAUACAGAAAGGGAAGUCCGUAUCACUACCAUUGAAGUGGUUCACCGUUGGACAAUGUUGGCGGUAUGAGAGAAUGACAAGGGGGCGUCGCCGUGAGCACUACCAGUGGAAUAUGGAUAUCAUUGGUGUUCCUGGGGUAAUGGCUGAAGCAGAGCUUAUAUCUUCCAUUGUUACUUUCUUCAAAAGAAUAGGAAUUACAGAAUCAGAUGUUGGAUUUAAGGUUUCUAGUCGAAAGGUUCUACAAGAAGUAUUGAAGUCAUAUUCAAUACCUGAAAAUAUGUUUGGCAAAGUCUGCGUCAUUAUUGAUAAAAUUGAGAAAAUUCCAGUUGAUGAGAUAAAGAAAGAGUUGAAUGCUGUUGGUCUAUCACAGGAGGCUGUCCAGGAUCUAUUGCAAGUUCUUUCUGUAAAGUCAUUGGCCGAGUUAGAAGAGAGGCUAGGAGGCAGCGGAGAAGCAAUCGCUGAUCUCAAACAGCUAUUCUCACUAGCUGAAAAGUUUGGUUACUCCAAAUGGCUUCAAUUUGAUGCAUCAGUUGUUCGUGGCCUUGCUUAUUACACUGGUGUUGUAUUCGAGGGUUUUGACAGAGAAGGAAAGCUCCGAGCUAUAUGUGGUGGUGGCCGAUAUGAUCAUUUGUUCUCAACUUUUGGUGCUGAAGACAUUCCUGCUUGUGGUUUUGGAUUUGGUGAUGCAGUCAUAGUCGAAUUGCUCAGAGAAAAGGGUCUUCUACCAGAGCUCGGCUUGCAAAUAGAUAACCUUGUUUGUGCCAUGGAUGUAGAACUUCAAGGGCAUGCUGCCACAGCUGCUAACAUUCUAAGAGAAAAAGGACAAAGUGUUGACUUGGUUUUGGAAAGCAAACCACUUAAAUGGGUGUUUAAACGUGCAGCCAGAACAAAUGCCGAGCGUCUAAUAUUAGUAGGAAAGUCUGAGUGGCAAAGGGGUAUGGUUGGUGUCAAAAUUCUCUCCACUGGUGAACAGUACGAGGUUAAAUUGGAUGAUCUAAAUUAAAUCUGAGUUUGAAUUUUUUGUUUUAUGUAUUUUAUUUUCAUUAUUGAUAUAUCAUAUACCUUAUUUUUUAACCUAGUCCUUCUUGAAGACUUAUUUAUAUAUACACUCACAUAACCAAAGUGCACAUAUACAACUUUCAAUGCUUAUACAUUUAUCUAUCUGCUGUUUCUAUUUAUAUUUAUUUCGAAAAGUUUAGAUGCUAAUGAUUUGGAUAUGCAUUUUAUUUUUCAAAAUAAUUUAAAAACUAUUUGGAGCAUGGAAAUAAAUGGUGGGUGACCCGAUAGCGAAAACCUGAUAGUAGGUGGUCCACCAGAUCUUAAACCAGACUCUGAUACCAUGUUAAGAAAUGUGGAUUGAGCCUAAUUUAUCCCUACAAAACCAGCUUAUCGAGUGAGGAUUGUCAUUUGUCACACCACUUAUAAGGACAUGUUCAUGCCAUAUAUUGUCCAAUGUGAAACUCUUAACACAAACCUAUAAAAAUUGAAAAUUAAACCAAGAUAGAAAUAAAUAAAAAACUUAGAAUGUAUUUUUGAAAACUGAAAGAAAUUUAUGGAUAGAAUUCUCCCCAAGGAUUACUCUUAGAAUUAUUUUAGGGUCUAACUCAACCUUACAAAACCAACUUUUAAAAGGCGAGGGCUGCUCAAACUUUAUAAAUAGUAUGCUGACCAUAUAUCUAAGCAAAAUGGGACCAAAUUCACUCCUUCACAAGUAGGUGACUAGGGGCGGACCACCAUUAAGGCGAAAUUUCCAACACACCUUCUCACACUCGGUCUCAAAUAGUCCAGAGCGUGGCGAUGUGGGAAGCCCAACAAUAGAUUAGGAUAAGCAAUUGAGCCUAACUCAACCUUACAAAAUCGGCUUGCAAGGUGAGGGAUGCCCAAGCUUUAUAAACACUUGCACUAUGCUGGCCAUAUCUCUAAGCAACGUGGGACUAGGGACGGACUGCAAUUAAGGCUGAAUUUCCAACAGUUACCCCUCCCAAGGAUCUCUCCUCUUCUUUCACAAUAAUUAUCGAGAGUGUUACCCAAAACCAUCUAUUCUUCUUUCUCCUAUAUGCACAUGAUAUCCCCUCUAACUACUUAACUUCCAUACCUGUUUGACUAACUUAUUUCUCUAACUUUUUCCUAUUCCCUUUUAUGCUAAAAUAUUGACAUAUUUGAUGUGGCAUAACUUUCGUUGAUUACCUAUGUAAUAACAAUAUUGUAUCUAGUGUAUAUGUGGGGCUUCAUUCAUUUAUCUAUUUAUAAAAGCAUUUCUACUUUUUGGAGAAACAUAGUGAAAGAGUAGGUCUUAUGUGUAAAGUUCUUUAUUUUAGAUCUGGUUUUACUUAAGAGAUUUAUAGGUUCAUUUGCCUAAAAUUGGAAAGUAGUCUACUGAUGUAUUUGAUUGCUUCCCCUCCAUGUGGCCUAAAGGUCGAAUCAUUUUCCGAUGUAUGAGAAAUUAGAGGAGCAAGAGGAGCUUACAACAUAGGAUAUUCCUCUUAGGCAACGUUGGAACUUGAGCAUCACGUAAUUGGAAGUCUAAUUUCUAAUUUUUUAGUACCUUUAUUAUUUCAAUACUUUGGUUUGUUUGGCACGUUCGUCUAUCCUAUUGUUGCAUGAGUGUUCCCCCAUAUUUGUUCAUAACUAUAAUAUUGCAAUGUGGAACAAACAAAACACCGAUUUAAGCUGCACACUAUAAAAUGUAUAUAUACUUUUAUUCUGCUUGGUAUGCAUGAAUACGAAGAGUUCAAGCCACCAUAUGGUUUGGUUCUACUAGGCAAGUAAUGACUAACUACUUCUCGGUUAUAUGAUUAUGGGUAUACCGUUAAUCCAAUAGUUUUGCAAACACAAUACACAACAGAGUGAAAUACUAAUAGUUUGAUUGAUAGUUGUCUUUAAGCUUUAGUUGGGUACAAUUGUUCCCACUAGCCCAAACCCCAUUGUAAAGAAAGCUCCUGCUUGCAACAAUAGGUAGAUGAAGAAAUGAUCAUGUCCAAAAAACAGAUCAUAGAUUGCACAGUGCAACAUAUACAUCCCCACUAUAAUCUCCAAUGGAUAAAUCCUGUUGAGUAUAUAAAGGGUCAUUAGUAUGCAUCAGAUGAAAUAUUAAGGAGUGAUAAUCAAAUAUUGUAACCUAUGAAGCACAAACUCCGACACAGACACCACGACACGGGCACGGACACUCCGACACCGAUAAUGUAAAAAUAUAGGACACCGACACUGCUAUGUAUAUGAUAAUAUUUGAGUUUCAUUUAUCCCUCUAUCAUUAAAAAAAAAUUAAAAAUAUUCUAAUCAAAAUUUAUAUUUUUAAUUCUUCAUUGAUAUCAUUAUUUCAAAACAUGUUUAACCCUCCUUUUAGAUGUGCACGAGAUUUGUCCGAAAAAUGUAUACGGUGUGUAGAAACAAAAAGAAAAACAAUUUCUUUUUGAAAAACUUGUCUGAAUUGUGUGACACAUGUUGUAUGAGUGUCAUACCAGUGUCGGACACCGCGGCACGCCUAUGUCUGACUUUUUCGACACGUGUCGUACGGAUGUCACACAAGUGUCGGACACCGCGACACGCCUAUGUCUAGAGGUGUCCGUGCUUCAUAGAUUGUAACUGCAUUCUCUACCAUACUUUCUAAGGUCUAUUACGUUAUCCAAAAGUCCAAAUUGUUAGAAAAGAGCAAUAAACUAUUAGCUGUAUUCUGCUUGCUUUUUUUUUUUUUCUUCUGUAUGUCAUUGUUGAAUGAUGCAAUUGGAAAUCAUUUUGUUGGUUAAAUAAAGUACUUUCUUUAAAGAGACUAGCUACAAAGUAGUUACCUUUCUGUUAUUCGAAACAAUGGAGUUCUUGAUGUUGAUGGCUUAGCAUUGUUCCUCUGUUUCCUAGCAUUUCCAAGCUUCUCAGUCACAACCCAUUCAUUGACACGAUUUGCUUCCAAGAGUCCUAUAAUUGCUGCCUUAGUUCGAUGGAGUGACAUGACAUUCUCAAAGAGUAUCCAGAAUACUAGAAGAUGCAUGGAUCUGUCCCAUGUAUAAGUCAUUGAAGAAUAAUCAAAAUAACCGAGGGAAACUGAAUAAAUUUAAGUUGAGGGAAACCAAUUACCUUGGGGUGCAGACUGCAUUUAGAAUUGUAAUGGUUGCUGGGAUAUAUAUGGCAAUCUGCUUUUUGAGGUUGACUUCUGGAACUACCACACAAGCUGGUAUGACUAUGCAGUAAAAGAAAAACGUGACCCAAUGUGCAACUAUUUUCCUCACAAAGAAGAAAGCAUAGAUAAGAUGGAGUCUCUUCAGAAGUGAUACCCUCUGGAUGUUACACAUGAUACAAAUUUCAAUCAGUUUAAGGGAGUAAAUGUUGAUUCUACAAGGAAUUGAAUUUGGUUUCAACUGUUGAUGAGGAAAUUAAAUUUUUUACAUACUUGGCAACAGAGGAUUUCCUUUGUCAUUUUCUUGAGGAGAUUAGCUGGGCCACAAGACCACCUGUGCUGCUGAAAUCUGUAUGCUUUAAAUGUGCUUGGUAGUUCAUUUUUGACCUAGUAAACAACAAUUUUCCCCCUCAUGAGAAUUGUGUGGUUUACGAAAUAUUCAAGCUUAAUCACUAUAUUGUGCCAAAGAUGUUGUCUAUUAUGGAUAACUUACUGUUACAUCACCCACAAAAACAAAUUCCCAACCCUUCAGGCUUGCCCUAACUGCAAGGUCCAUAUCUUCCACAGUGGUUCGAUCUUUCCAUCCUCCAGCAUCUUUUAUUGCUUGAAUCCGCCAGAUUCCUGCUGUCCCUGCAUUUUUUAAAGCAAGCUUAUAUAAGUUGAUAUAAAAAUGUGCUUGUUUGAAUGUAAUCCGAUGGGCAUCUUGACUUACCAUUAAAUCCGAAGAAUGAGUAUGUUGAGGAGCCUACUUCCUGUUCAACACUGAAAUGGUAAUCGAGUGACAUUUCUUGAAGUCGUGUCAUCAUACAUUCCUCUGAGUUAACUGUGUAGACAUGAAAGCAGUGUUACAUAACUUUGAUUUACUGGACUCAUUAGUAAGGCAUGUUGUCACAUUGAUGUGGCUGCAACAACUUAACUUACCAAAUUUCCAUCUUGCCUGAACUAAACCCAACUUAGGGUUCUCAAGAAGGUAAGGAAUUGUCUUCCAAAGAAAAUCUGGAUCUGGUUGGAAAUCUGCAUCAAAUAUUGCUACAAACUCACAAUCCUCGACAUAUUCCUUCUCUAAUCCCUCUUUUAGGGCACCUGCCUUGUAACCAUUGCGAUUUGUCCUUGUUACAUACUUGACAUUCACACCUUUCUGCAUCCAUUUCUGACACUCGAAUUCAACCAAUUCCUGCAUGUUAUGAAAACACAUGUUUACUAAAACUUUUCAAAUUCAUAGACACAUAAACACAUAAACAUAUGGGAUCUUCCAUGACGAGGCUUUACUAGAUUAAUCAGAUACCCUUAAGACUUGAUUUGUUGAGUCAUCAAGAACUUGAACUAUGAGUCUGUCAGUUGGCCAAGAAAGCCCGCACACUGCUCCAAUUGAAAGCUUGUAGACCUGGAAAAGAAGUUGAGUGUUCUUAGCCAAGAUUACACUUAGGAAUAAUCACUAUUAUACCACACGUAUUCGUUUGGACAUAUGUGUGCACUCAAACUGAAAAUAGAUGAUAUUUUACGGGAUGCUUCCUUCAUUCUGGUAAAAUCUUUUGACUUCUGCUAUUGGAGGUUGAAAUACAAUAUUAAAAUUAUCAAGUUUAUGUUUCGUGUUAGUUACAAAAGUAGUGAGGCUUCUAAAUAUUUUGGUUUAGAAUAGUACAUAUUGUACAUAUUUAACUCUUCUAUAUGUUUAUGGCAUGUGUGAAAUGGUGGCCGUCGGACAAUAAAUAUAGGCGGAAUGUUAUUGGUCUGUCAGUAUUGAACAGUUAUGUUGUAGGGUCAGGACUUUAGCGCAACCUUAACACAAGGUCUUAAUUCAAACUUGAUUAACACAUGAGUUAUUGUUGUAAGGAGUAACUGAAUCAGUUCAAUUUCUUAUAUUAUUAUGCGACAGUCUUGUUUGA